CUCCAUCAGGUUGGUGUUGCGAUGAACAGGAGGGAGCAGGAGGGGGGAGAAUCCAAUCCGGUUUCAGCUAGUUCCCCCUCUCAUGCAACAUAUACGCUUGAUACACUCUGUUGCAAGGUACUGAAUUUUAGUGAGAAGACAGCUCAUACAAUUAUAUAAUCCAUACACUGUCAUUCCUUCGUUGGAUUUCUCCACUCUUGUUUUAAAACACAAGAACCAACCAUGCCGAAAAGAAACAAAGCAAACAAUGACACUGAAGCAAAUGAGCCCAAGAGGAGAUCAGAGAGAUUGCAAGCUAAACCUCAACCAAAGUCUGAACCGAAGCCAAAGAAGGCACCUGCAAAACCGAAGAAGACGAAGGAAGUAGAAAAGUCUAAGCCUGAAGAAAAGAAGGAAGAGGUUCCAGCAGAAAAUGGAGAGGCCAAAGCUGAGGAGGAGACACCAGCUUCAGAAGAACCUGGACAGAAAGCCAAAGAGGCUGAAUAACAUCUUCAUCACAUCCUUUACCUGUGCUCCCUGUACCUCCUUUUCUUGUACAAUUCAGAGGAAUAUUUUUAUCGACUAUUUUCUAAAUGCAGGUUUUUUUAAUAGUUUGAUUGUAGAAACACAUUUUUUUAAGCAAAAGUUACAUUUGGAGAGGGAUUCCACCACAUCCCACAUUUUUACAUCUCUGGACAAAAUGUUAUGGUCAUUGUGUGGUCAACAUUUUUUGUUUAAGAAGGAACUGGCAUUGGGCAUGUUGCAGCGAUGAGAAUGUGCAAUCAUGUCAUUUUCAGGAAUCAUUGUACAACUGGGAGAGCUUGCCUGAGAGACUAACAUUCCAUAGGCUAUGUGAGGGACAGUAUAUGUGACCUGUAUCGUAUGGGAAGGGGGAAUGAGUUAUUUUGAAGGGUAAUUUGUUUUAUUGUUUAUAAUGAUAAAAGUU